AUGGGCUCCUGCUUGUCAGUUGAAGGUGGCAAUGCAAAGGCUGAUAACAACAACAGCAGCAGCAACAGUACUGUUGUUGAUGGCAAUAAGAAGACGGUUCCGAGGAGAAGUGAUUCUAAUAAGCUGGAGAUGAGGCUUCAUAGGAUUCCUGGCAGGUUCUUUUUAAAUGGCUCUACGGAUUUUGCCUCGUUGUUUAAUAAGCAAGGAAAGAAAGGGAUUAAUCAGGAUGCUAUGAUUCUAUGGGAGAAUUUUGGUUCAAAGGAAGAUGCAACUUUUUGUGGUGUUUUUGAUGGCCAUGGUCCAAACGGCCAUAUGGUUGCAAAGAAAGUGAGGGAUUCUCUGCCUUUAAAGUUGAGAGCACAAUGGGAGUUAAAUACGAGCAGCAAGGAACUAAGUGAUGUGAACAGUAGUGCAGGUGGAAGCAUGAAUUCUGCAGGGACUUCAGUCAAACAAACCCAUGCGGAACCUAAAAACAAUUUGGGUUAUGAGCGUAAGGAAAAUGAAAACAACAGUGUCUCAAUGCUUAAGGAGUCAUUCUUGAAGGCCUUCAAGGUUAUGGACAAGGAACUCGAACUACAUCCUUAUAUUGACUGCUUCUGCAGUGGGACGACGGCAGUAACCUUGAUCAAGAUGGGGCAGGACCUUGUUAUCGGGAAUGUUGGAGACUCGAGAGCGGUGUUGGGUACCAGAGAUGAAGAUGACUCUCUCAUUGCGGUUCAGUUGACUGAAGACCACAAGCCGAAUCUUCCAAAAGAAGCAGAGAGGAUCAGACUUUGUAAGGGACGUGUCUUUGCUCAUCCAAAUGAACCUGAAAUUGCUAGAGUUUGGCUGCCAAACAGCAACUCUCCUGGCCUUGCGAUGGCCCGAGCUUUUGGAGAUAUCUGCCUUAAAGAUUUUGGCCUGACUUCUGUUCCAGAGGUUUCAUAUCACCACGUCACUGAGAAGGAUGAAUUUGUAGUGUUGGCUACUGAUGGGCUUUGGGAUGCCCUUUCAAAUGAGGAGGUGGUGGGCAUUGUGGCAUCAGCCUCGCAUUCCAGUGCUGCUCGAACUCUUGUUGAUUCAGCCACUCGAGCUUGGAGGAUCAGGUUUCCUACAGCCAAAGUUGACGAUUGUGCUGCUAUCUGCCUCUUCCUUGGGUCAAGAUUAGACAAUUGCUGUACUUCUUAUCUCACACAAGCACAAGGAGCAGGCAUUGAAGUCACUGAAACAAGUGAAUCUUAUGAAUAG